AAAUGAAAAUUGUGAAAUUACAUUUAGUUUGCUGUGUAAUAUACACUAUAUUGCCAAAUGUAUUGGGACACCCCUCCAAAUCAUUGGAUUCAGGUGUUCCAAUCGCCUCCAUGGCCACAGGUGUAUAAAAUCAAACACUUACUUAUGCAGACUGCUUCUACAAACAUUUGUGAAAGAAUGAGUCGCUCUCAGCAGCUCAGUAAUUUCAAUUGUGGUACUGUGAUAGUUUGCCACCUGUGCAAUAAGUCAAUCUGUUACAUUUCCUUGCAACUAAAUAUUCCACGGUCAACUGUUUGUGGUAUUAUAACAAAGUGGAAGCAACUGGGAACAGCAGCAACUCAGCUAUGAAGUGGUAGGCCAUGUAAAAUGACAGAGCGGGAUCAGCAUAUGCUGAAGCGCUUAGUGUGCAGAAGUCAACAACUGUCUGCA